CGUGGCCUUCAGGAUUGAGAAAUGACGUGAAAUCCUUCUCUGGUCGUGUGUGGAAGCUUUCAGAGCGUUUGGGAUCGAUGCAGGUCUGCUUCUUCUGGGUCUGAACCGAGGGUCUCCUGCAGGAUGGCGAGCUGGUGGACGUCUGCAGACGUUCUGGGCAGUCUGGACCUGGAGCAGAACUCCAUCAUGACUCGAGUCAUUCAGGCUGUCGGGCUGUUUGGAGAUAUUCUGUCGUUUGAGGACACCAUGGAGCCGAUGCUGAACCAGGAGGAAGGCGAAGGAGUAAAGGAAGCAGGUGAUGAAGAGAAAGACAAUGGAGAGGUGGAAGAAGAAGAAGAGAACAAAACAAAGGCAGAAGAAGAUGAAGAAAAAGAAAAACCAAAUGAGGAGAAGAUAGAAGGAGAAAAAGAAAGAACUAGAGAGGGAGAAGAUAAGAAAGAAACAAAGAUAUCUGAGAAUGACAAAGAAAAAGAAAAAGGUCAAGAAAAUGUAGGAGAGAAAGAAAGGACAGAUGUGAAAGAAGAAGACGAGGUGGAAGGAAAAGGAGUUCAGGAAGAAAGAACUAGCAAGGAAGAAGAAGAGAAAGAUACAAGGAUAUCUGUGCCUGACAAAGAGGAAGGUGAAGAAAACGUAGGAACAGAGGUGAAAGAAGAAUACGGGGUGGAAGGAAAAGACAAAGCAGUGACUCAGGGAGAAGAAGAAAGGAGAAUGGUCAAAGGCGAGGAGAAAGAGACAGAAAGACAAAGUGAAGAAGAAAAGGAGGUAAAUCAGGAAGACAACGGAGCAGAAAAAGAGCUGAGAAGUGAGGAUGGAGGAGCUGAGAAAGAGAGGGAUGAAGGAGGAGGAGGAGGAGAACAGGAGGAGGAGGAUGAAGGAAAGAAAAAUGAAAAAGAAACAGAGGAAAAAGAAGGAACCGAGGAGCUGAAGUCUCCUGAGGAAGAAAAAGAUGGAAAAGAAGAGUGUGAGGAGAAAGAUAAAGUUACAGCAGAAGAAGAGGAGAAGAACGAAGGAAUAGAAGAAGAUGAAGACAGAAAGCAACCAGACGGGGAAGUGGAGGAGGAAGAGAUGGAAGAAAAAGAGGAGGUGAAGUCUCACCAGGAUGAAGAAGGAAAAGAAGAAUGUGAGGAUAAGAGAGCAGAGAAAGAAGAAGAAGAAAUAAAGGAAAAAGAUGGACAGGAGGAAGAAAAGGAGGAAAUUAAAGGAAUAGAUGAACUUAAGUCUGAUGAGGAUGAAGAAGAACAUGAGAAAGGAGAGGUGGAAGAACUAAAAGAAAAUGAGGCGCUUAAGACUGAUGAAGAAAAGAAAGAGAAGGACAGAGUAGAGAAAGAAAAAGAUGAAGAAGACAGAGAGAGAGGAGAAAGAACAAUGGAAGAAGAAUGUGAAGAGACAGAAAAGGAGAACUGUAAGGAGACAGAGGAAGAAGAAAACGUUGAGCUCACGCCUCAUGAGAGUAAAGAAGAAGAAAAACAAAUGAAAGAGAAGGAGGAAGAUGGAAAAAUAAAGGAACGGGAUGGGGAGAAAGAGGAAGAGAUUAAAGGAAAUGAAGAACCUAAGUCUCAUGAAGAGGCAGAAGAAGAAAAAGAUCAAUGUGAGGAGAAAGAACAAGAGGAAGAAAGGAAUGAACAUGACAGAGACAAAGGUGAAGAAAAGGUAGAAGAAACUGAAGGAAAUGAGGAACCAGAGUCUCAUGGGAAUGAAGAACAAAGAAAAGAAGAACCUGAGGAGAAAGAAAAUGAGAAAGAAGUGAAAGAAAAUGAGGAGCUUAAGACUGAUGAAGAAAAGAAAGAGAAUGAGAGAAUAGAGACAGAAAAAGAGGAAGAUGAAGAAAGAAAUCAUGACUGGGAGAGAGAGGAAGGAAAGGUGGAAGAAAUGAAAGAAAAAGAAGAAUGUGAGGAGAAAGAAAAAAGAAAUGAAGAACACAGAGAGACGGAAGAAAAAAAGGUGAAAAAAGUUAAAGGAAAAGACCGUGAGGAGGAAGAAAUUAGAGAAAAGGAGGAGCUUAAGGCUCAGGAGGAAAAGACGGAGAGCGACAGAAUAGAGAAAGAAAAAGACGAAGACAGAAAUGAACAUGACGGAGAGACAGAGGAAGACGAAAAAGAAGUUAAAGGAAGAGAGGAAUGUGAGGAAAAAGAAGAAGAAAUAACGGAACAAGAUGGAGAGAGGGAGGAAGAAUUUAAAGGAAAUGAGGAACUUGAGUUUCAUGAUGAUGAAGAAGUUGAAAAAGAACGUGAGGAGAAAGAAGAAGUGACAGAAGAAGAAGAGGUGGAAGAAUUUAAAAGAAGAGAGGAAUGUGAGGAAAAAGAGGAAGAAGAAGAAAUAACGGAACAAGAUGGAGAGGAGGAGGAAGAAAUUAAAGGAAAUGAGGAACUUCAGUUUCAUGAUAAAGAAAUAGAAAAAGAACGUGAGGAGAAAGAAAAAGUGACAGAAGAAGGAGAGGUGGAAGAAUUUAAAGAGAAUGAGGAGCUUAAGAAUGGUGACGAAAAGGAAGAGAACAACAGAACAGAGACAGAAAAAGAGGAAGAAAGAAAUGAAGAAGACAGAGAGACAGAAGAAGAGAUAGAUGGAAUCAAAGAACAAGAAGUGGAGACGCUGAAUGAAGCAAAGACAGAAAGAUGUGAAGAACAUCAAGAAUCAGAGAUGAGAGAGGAGCCAUCUGAGGAACCAGGAGACCAGUCAGACUCCCAGAGGUCUUCGCCUCCACAGGACGCUGGAUUUGCCUCAACUCAAGCAGAUGAUGCCAAAAACCCCGGCGAGGACAUUUAUCCCACAUGGCCGAGCAGCGACAAAGAGGCCGAGGUGGACCCUCUGAGCUGCUCUCCAGGCUGGACCUGUCAGGACGGAGCUUCAGAAGAUCAGCUUCACACUUCACUGUCUGCAGGUGGAUCAUCCUCCAGACUGCUCACAGAGCUGCAGGCUUCAGGUUGCAGGUCGGAGGAGAAAACUGUGACGCCAUCGAUGGAGGAGGAAAACCAAGAGUCUGGUCAAAGCCAGAAGUCAUCGAGCAAAGAAAACCCAGAGAGGCCAGAGACAGAAGGAGAAGGAAAGAAAGACGAAGGAGGAGGAAUCUCUCUAAAGAUGAACGGAGAUGCAGCAGACGACGAGAAGAAAGGUCAGACGUCCAAGUACAAAACUGUGUCCUACAGGAGGAUCCGCAGAGGAAACACCCGGCAGAGGAUCGACGAGUUCGAGGCCAUGAUGAACUUGUGAUGAUGUCAUGAUGAACUCAUGAUGAAGUCAUGAUGAAGACAUUGAAGCACCGCUGUUAUAAGAGUGAUAGAGAAUAGAAAAUAGAAGUUUUCUGAGUUUAGGCCUUCCUACUCCACACAGGACAUUUAACUUUAUCCACACAAACACAAUGUAACUAAUUUCUAGUGAAUGUGAACUUCACAGUGUGAUAAUCACUCUUGUAUCAUAUUUAUGAUUUAAUUUAAUGACAUUAAAGAGUUCAAAGCG